AAUGUUAUGGUCAAUGGUAGAAGCGAAGGAAAGACUUCAUCAAUUGUGAGGGGAGCAGAAAGAGAUGAGAAUUUGAACUUGUAUAGUGGUGGUAGUGAACAGCAACGCAAGGGUGAAGGAUCAUCAGAAAGAAGUGUGAUGGAGGCUGGUGAAGGAAGAGGGUUUUCUUCAGAUUUGUAUAGGAACACAAGUGAGGAGAUGUUCAUCAAGUCCUUGAUGGAAAGCUCGAUUGGGAUGCCUGCACCAACCAUGGAGAUGCUAGGGUUUAAGAAUCUCCACCACAAUUUUCGGACUGAUAGCGAGGAGCUCUUCAAGAGCUGGCUUACUACUGGUACUGGAGAGGCAAGCACUAAAAAAGAUCUCUACUUUAAUCAUGGUUAUGGAACACCAAGCAUUGCACAUCGAACGCGACAAUCAUCUAAGAGGAUGUCCACUGAAAUCUCAAAUUUGUCAGGUCAGCAACAAGGGCAGGCAUCUAUGCAAAAGAAAAGAAGUACUGAUGUGCUGUCGACACAACAUAAUCAUCCAACAGCAGACGAUGUCUCCAAUCGACAAUCGAACAAUAAAGGCGCUGUUGACAGAAACAUGCAGGCUAGUAACUUAUACAUGGCCAAGGCCUGGUUUCAAAGUUCUCAACCCAUGACUCGGAGCAGAUCCUCUGAACUAAGGAGGAGAUACGUUGCCAUGCAAACUACUGGAGAGAAUGAUGAAAGUGGAUUACCGAAACAAGAGUUUUCAAAUCCUAGUGGACUCGGCAGUGAUCUCCUCAUGCACGAUGUGACGAAUCAAUUUGGAACAUUCAAUACUCCACACACGGGAAAUAUGGAUAAUGUCUCUUCAGUGGUGAGCAUGUUGAAGGGCACCCUCGAACGCAAGAAGCAGCUGGGUAAUCAUGAAACUGCCGAAGAAGACAGCUCCAAUUCGAUCUAUCAUCACUGUCAUGGUCAAGAAGUUCUGAUGAUGAAUAGCUUCAAUCAGGGAAAUGGGGAUGGGAUGGAUAGCUUACAGGCGCUUGCAUCUGCAAUAGCAAAGAAUCCCAUGUCUGCUGGGCUUUUGGAGACGGUUCAGGAAGUUGUGGAUUUUGAGAUGGAAGGAUAUGCAAAUCAUCCUGUCAACCCAAUGCAGACGAACACGAUUUCUCGAGAGCCUUCUUCUCUGAGUGAAUCUUCAGCUGCUGCACCAGUUGUUUCAUCUGGGUUUGAUGCAUGCGAUGGUCCGAGCAACUCGAGUCAAAAUGUGACCACUUGUGAGAGCUCAAAGAAAGCAGUUGGGAAUGGUUCAGAGCAAGGUGGUAGAGCCAAAGAGUUCAGAGGAAGGAUAAUUGACAAUCUGAAGGAUGAUAAAAAGUGGACACAGGAGACCCAACCAAGAAGCGUAGGGUGGAGCGCUCUCGCAAGUAACUUUCCCUUCCGUAUUCGUCUCUCUGUUCUUUCAUUUAAACAGGGCUCUGAUACGGUGAAAUCUGUUAAUGGUAUUGGUAGGAUGGCCGAAGCAAAGGAGAGGAAUUUGACACCUGUGGUGCCCUCCGAUAUGCAGUCAGUGAUGAAAAGGUGUGAGAACCUUGAAAAGGAAGUAAGAUCACUCAAACUGAACUUGUCUUUCAUGAACAGGAAGGAUUCUGAGCAGACUAAGCAGAUCGAAGAGCUUCAGAAACGGAACGAGGAUUUGACAGACGAGAAAGAACGCCUGCUGGAGGAGAUUGAGAGAAUAAUGUCUGAAACCGGCAAGGUCUGAAGCGUUGUAUUUUAACUGCGUGGAUGAGGAAUGCUGGCAUUUGGUUCUUUCUGCAGCCAGCAGGCUAAACUUUAUUUGUUUGUGUUGGUAGAGAAGACUACAGGACAUAGCAACCGUAUCAUCCUCAUUCACUUGUCUUACACAUGCUCAAAUCAUCAGAAAAAUUCAUAGGACCGACCAUUUGUGACGAGAUUAGGGUGGUUGAUAAAUGUUCUUCAGCAGCUGUAUCUCUACAAAACUAGUUGCAGCUUCAAAUAUUUGUCAGAUUUAACACUUGAUAAAUUUCCAAGUGUUCGAUCUCGACUCGAUUCUUCCCGUUGCAGAGAGUUCGGUUGGGUGUAUCAAAUUGUACAAUCUCAAAUAUAUGGAAUAGGAAGUAUUUGAUACUGCGUUCUAGAGAAAUCGUGAGCUACAAGAUGUUUUCUACCAA